CCUUCUUCACCCUUCCCUUUGACGGUUUAUGGAGUACUCACUUCUUUCUCACCCUUGUCAGUCCCACUGGGUCUUCUAAAACCUCUUGAGCUUCAUUGCCCUCACUAGGGGCACGGCAGGGACGCCAACAUGGGGAGUUAACUACACUGGAUUAGCUCCCAGGGAGAUUAUUUAGGCGCCCUCUAAAAAAAGCCAACAACUCACACACUUCAGAGCAGAGUGGCAACACGUGAAGACAAGAGCAGCUGGAUGAGAUGACCAUGUUUCACUGGAUGCUGCUGAUCUUAUCAGUGUCUGCGGCGGCUCAGCGGCCUCAUCGUUCCAAAAGAGGACUGCUGGAGCUGGCAGGAGCCAUCAAAUGCAGCACGGGACGAUUUCCGCUGGUGUACGCCUUUUACGGCUGCUACUGUGGCCUGGGAGGUCGGGGCCGGCCCCUGGAUCGGGCCGACUGGUGCUGCCACAAACAUGACUGUUGCUAUGGAGACGCUGACGCUCUUGGCUGCAAAACCAAAACUGACCGAUAUCAGUGGAAAUGUGACGACCAGAAAGCAGAGUGUGAUGAUUUGGAGGACAGAUGUGAAAAGCUCCUGUGCCAGUGCGACAGGGAAGCUGCCAAGUGCUUGCAAAAAGCCCCCCUCAACAAGAAAUAUGUUCUCUGGCCAGACGUCUUGUGCAGGGACGAAGAGGUGAACUGUAACAUAUACUGAUGUCUUUUCACUUCAGAACACUGAACAAUUUUAUAUUAUGUGUUUUUAAAAAUGAAGCUUGACCAAAGACAUUGUAACAGCAUUUUCCAUGAGAGGCACGUAAUAAAAAGUG